AUGGGCAUUACACUGUGUCGUUACCAAGAGCAAGUCAUCCUUCGUACAAACUGGUUGAAAAAGAAACUCCUUAAAGACGAAAAGCUCCUACGCGACUACAAGACCUUCAUGAAAGACCUCAAGGUCAAAGGCUUUGCAGAAGAAAUACCACGAGUGGAAAGAGAAGAUAACAAAGUAUGGUAUCUCCCACAUCACGGUGUCUACCAUCCACAUAAGCCAGAUAAAGUCCGCGUCGUAUUUGACUGUUCUGCCAAAUAUCAGGGAGUCUCCCUUAAUGAUGAAUUGUUAAAGRGACCCGACCUGACUAACAGCCUCGUAGGUGUACUAACCAGAUUUCGCAAAUUUCCCAUCGCCACGAUGUCGGAUAUCGAGUCAAUGUUCCACCAAGUAAGAGUAACACAGGCUGAUCGAGAUGUAUUCCGUUUCCUUUGGUGGCCGGAUGGAGACCUCAACCAAGACUUGAAGACCUAUCGCAUGACUGUGCAUAUAUUCGGCGCUGUUUCGUCGCCAAGCACUGCAAAUUACGCCCUAAGAAGAUCGGCCGAAGACAACCAAAGCGAAUUCAGCGACGAUGCUGUCCAGAUGGAAGAACGCGCAAAAGGAAUCAAAGAACUGGACCUUACGAAAGGCGUCAUUUUACCAGUUGAAAGAGCUCUGGGAGUCAAAUGGUGUGUUGAUUCAGAAUUUGGAUUUAGCGUCACCCUCAGGGAAAGACCGCCGACAAGGCGUGGAAUAUUGUCCGUAGUGAGCAGCGUGUACGAUCCCCUUGGACUAAUUGCUCCUGCAAUUUUGCCAGCAAAGCUCAUCCUUCAAGAUCUCAGCAGACUGAAGCUCGGCUGGGACGACGAGAUUCCUCAAGACAACUUAACCAAGUGGCAAAGGUGGCUAGAAAAUUUGCAUAAACUCGCUGGCGUUAGUGUUCAACGCAGCCUGAUACCUACAGACUUUGGAACGGUUGUCCGCUCAGCGCUCCACCAAUUCUCAGACGCUUCGCAGUAUGCAUUCAGCUCCGUGUGUUAUCUUCGUCUGGUCAAUGAAUUUGGAGACGUCAACUGUGCGUUCCUGAUGGGAAAAUCGCGUCUAGCCCCGCUAAAAAAGAUCACUAUACCCCGGUUGGAAUUGUCGGCCGCAACUAUAUCCGUAAAACUCAACGUCACCACGAAAAGAGAGCUUGAACUUCCAGUGGACGAGUCGGUAUAUUGGACCGGCAGCACAUCUGUGCUAUCAUACAUCUGUAACGAAAGCCGAAGAUUCCACACAUUCGUCGCGAAUCGUAGUGCAUACAUAAGAGAGAGAUAUCAGCCUACAGAGUGGAGAUAUGUAAACACUAAAUCCAACCCAGCAGACGAAGGAUCGAGAGGCUUGACCACCGACGACUUCAUCUCGAAUAGCACAUGGCUAAACGGACCAGAAUUUCUAUGGGACGAUGACAAGAAUUGGCCAGUACUUCCACAAGCAAAACCAAAAAUAUCAGAAGACGACCCAGAAGUCAGGAAAGAAAUCAUUACUGCUAUGACCAUUACCUCAUCUCAAGAUCCGCUCGAAAAAGCUUUUCUUAAGUUCUUUUCUUGGUAUCGACUUAAAAAAAACGAUGGCCUUAGUGCUAAGAUACUUCACCAAAGUAAAGGACGCCUUAGUAAAGAAGAAACAAGGCCAUAG